AUAAACUAGGGUUGUCUUCUCUUCUAUACACAUUUAAAUCGGUUGAAGAAAACAUUCGAUCGAGCAGUCUUGAAUUUUAAUCAACACCCACUUUGCAAGAUUCGCAUCUUCAUUCUCAGAAGACAGGAAGUAGGCAACGAUAAAGUGACAAGAUUACUUUGCAAGGUUUGAAGCAUGGCAGUUUCAAUGCAUUGCCAUAUCUCUAGAAAGGAAAUGGCAAGAGAUGUAGGUGGGAUGGUAAUGCCUGAAGCACCUCAGGAUCUUACUCGUAAGUGGUAUUUCACCAAAGAUGAACUAGAGUGCCAUACUCCAUCAAGGGCUGAUGGCAUUGACUACGAGCAGGAGGAAAGUCUGCGAAAACUAUACUGCUCUUUCCUGCAAGAGCUUGGAAUGGAGCUUAAAGUACCCCAGGUAACAAUAGCAACAGCACUAAUGUUCUGCCACCGAUUUUACAUGCGGCAGUCCCAUGGGAAGAAUGACUGGCAGACAGUUGCUACUGCAUGCAUGUUUCUUGCUUGCAAAGCUGAAGAAACACCACAAUGGCUAGGUGAACUUGUUGUGAUGGCUUAUAAGUUAAUACACAAGGGGGAUCCUUCAGCUUCGCGGAGAAUUCGGGAGAUAUAUGAUAAGCAAAAGGAACUAAUUUUAAUUGGGGAAAGGCUUCUAUUGCAUACUAUUGCGUUUGAUCUGAAUAUUGAACAUCCUUACAAGUCACUUGUUCGUGCCCUUAAGAGACUGAAUAUUACACACAAAGAGCUUGUAAAAGUAGCGUGGAACUUUGUGAAUGACUCGCUCCAUAGCUCAUUGUGCUUGCAGCACAAACCACAUUAUAUUGCUGCCGGCUCACUGUAUCUUGCUUCUAAAGUAAAGAAUGUAAUAUUGGCAACAGCAAAUGAUAAAGCUUGGUGGAUGGAGUUUGAUGUUGCACCCAAGCAGUUGAAAGGUGUCAUCGAACAGAUGAAGAUUAUGUGGGAAGAGAUUCGAAGUCAGAAUCAAAUCCGAACACCAAAAGAUCAAAACAUUAUAAAAUCUCAAACCACCAAAGUGCCAAUUCAUAGUCCACAAUCCUCCACUCUGAGUGGCUCCAGUAUCGUUCAUGAUUCUAAAGCAAUGCCUUCCAAGGCUGCUGGUGAACCUGCAAGACCCCUAACGUCUAAUAUUGUAAAGAAACAGGGCUUUGAAAAAGUCUAUGAUACUUCCAAAGAAACAUUAAAAUGCCAAACCAGUGAUACCGGGAGUGCAGUUAGCGUUGUCGAAGAUGGUGAUAGCGGUGAACCUGUUACUGUGUCUGAUCUAAGUUCAAUUUGCAAGGUAGUUCUGGCGGAGGUUGUAGUUGAUGUAAAUCGAAUUAGAGAAAAGCUUAAGAAAAGGAAUUCUGCAGAAACUAUGAAAAGAAAGCGUAUUGAAGACAUGGGCAAUGAAGUUGACGGUGAAGACUGGAUAGAGAGAGAAUUGGAGAAUGGCAUAGUGUUGGAAUCUUCUUAUUCUAAAAAGCAAGCGAAGACCUGAAGUUUUGGUAUCACUUCUAUUGUUUCCCAAAAGCGAGACUUAUCAUUCUGUAAGUAUUGAAACAACAUAUGAUAACCAUAUCAGGUAGUUAUAUAAUCAUUCCUUAGGCAUUGUUUACAGUUUCCAUCUCAUGUUCGUGUAUACAAAUUUUUUGCAAGAAAUAUAAGUUCAUAGGGGUGGAGGUCUUGUCGAUGUGAGUA